AUUGAAUUGAUGAGAGAAAUAUGUUUUGAGUUUUAAUUUUUAUCUUAAAUUUUAUGAUUUACCACAAAAUAUAUCACUAAAUGUGUAUCGAGUGACCAAUUGGUGGGUUGGGACACAGGAUGAGGUGCUUUCACUGUGAGUACGAGGCCUGCGAUACGGAUCCCAAUGGCAACACUUGUGACAACGCUUUACUCUGCUUCAGUUCAACCGUUUGGGAUCAAAAGUACGGGCGCUUCAGCUAUAGGAAGGGCUGUCUGGGGGCCGGACAGCAGCAUAUGGUCUGCGGACCCAAAAGUGUCAAAAUCAACGAAACCCAUGAAGUCUUCAUGCGAUCCAAUCAACAGUACAGCGCCUACUGUUGC